UCAUGGAGGCGGCGUCGCGGCGGCAGGCGCACGUAGUUGAAGCCCGGUGUGUGUGUUUUGUAGACACCACACACAGCAACACACACCUCCAGCGGUUGUUUCUCAACGACAACCAACAUCACCAUCGACCGUGGAGGGAUCUCGCUCUCGUGCUUCGCGCAACCACAACCGCGGGGCGUCCGAAAACACCUGUCUGUAACGCGGAAACUUGCAGUCCCGGCGAGUCCGACACGGUUCAGCAUUCAUGAAGAACAUGCAGUCGCAGCUGAACAGAUUCUGGGCGGAGCAGAUGCAAGAGAUGGAAACCUUAGAGAUCGGCACGGAGCAGGACUUCAAGAACCACAACGACCUGCCGCUGGCGCGCAUCAAGCGGAUCAUGAAGUGUGACGAGGACGUGAGGAUGAUCUCCGCCGAGGCGCCGGUGCUCUUCGCCAAGGCGUGCGAGAUGUUCAUUCUCGAGCUCACCCUUAGGUCUUGGUGCUACUCAGAGAAGAACAAGAGGCGGACGCUACAGAAGGAAGACAUCCAGGCUGCCAUCCGCGAGACCGGUAUCUUCGACUUCCUUGUGCACGUCAUCGAAUAAUAGGUUGAGGGCAAGGUUCACACCAAGAGUGUUGGUGAUUUUUGUACCGUCCGUUAGGAGCGCUGGCCGGUUCUUUGGGAGUUCGUUUGUGUUUGUCGUUGGACAUGGGCCGUGGUUCUUGUGUAUUGAUUGUUCUGGGUCUGCGCACCCCCCCCCCCCCCCCCCC